ACUCAAACCAAUAUUUAUAUAUAUAUUUUGAGUUCUCAAAUAACAAGGUAAUGGCAUCCAACAAAAUCACAUUAUCUCUACUUCUCUUUCUCGCCAUUUUCACAUAUGCAAAGGCAAAGCGAGGCCCUCUCAAGGAGACCACAAUGACGGUCUACUUCCAAGAUUACUCCGGCGAUCGGAACACGACCGUGAUCGAGGUCCCGGGCCCGUCGACCGGGCCCCUGAACUUCUCCAGAUUCGGAGCCAUGUUCGUUACGGACGACCCGAUCACCGGAGAAUUCGGGGAAGGCUCGGCCCCGAUCGCAAGGGGCCGAGGCAUGUACGUGACGUCGGCCCUCGACGGGUCCCACACUCACGUGACGCUGUCGGUUGUGUUCAUCGACGGCGAACACAAAGGCAGCACGUUGGAGAUUCAGGGUUCGAGCGCGCAGCUCGAGCCGGUGAGGGAGGUGGCGGUCGUGGGCGGCACGAGGAAGUUCCGGCUAGCCCGCGGUUACGCGACUUUCGAGACGCUUUACUAUGAUCCGGCGCGGAAGUUUGCGAUCAUCCAAUCUAAUAUCACUGUGUUUCAUUACUAUAAGUAUUGCUAGUGAUGGAUGUGAUUAAUUGUUUUCACAUUUCAAUUAUACAUGGAUUAAUAACAUAUAAAUCACUUAACUUUCAAAGAA